UUCAUGAAAGAAUUUAUAAGAAUAGUUAUAACAUAUAAAAUAUAUGCAUAUAUGUAUACUUGAAAAUGCCUUUUUGGAAUAAAUGGAAAAACACAAUUAUAUAUACGCAAAUAUGAGUGUAUGAAACAGCAUAGCAGAAAUUAAGUAUGGCGUUAAUCCUAUCAGCUGAUAUCGUCUGCUGGAAUGACGAAUCGUAGUUCCAUUAAUUGGUUAAACAGUGCUUCUAAAUAUUGUAAAUAUAUUCUAUUAUUUAACGAUUGUUCUCAUAAAAUAAUAAUUGUAUAAUAAAUCAUAAAGUUGUUUUAAUGACGCAAUGAUUAUAUCGAACUUUGUAAUGGUGAAAACACUUGUAAAACACGAACUCAAGCGUAUGCGUCAUUGACAGGUGCGAUAGGAAUAUGGGGAAAUAGAUUAUUUGCAUGAACGAUAUUUUGUAUAGCAGAGUGGUAAAGGAAUUUACCAACUAAGUAGCAGAUUUGUUUGUGAUGAGUGACUCCGAACAACGGCAAUUACACGUGCCUUACCGAGAAUAUCAUAGUCAGAACAAUACCAACACUUCUGCUUUAGUGGAAACUGAUGCAUUGGUUGACCUCUCAACUACAUCUAAUAAUUGUUUACCAGUAAACAACGAUUGUUCAGAAUUAAUACCAGACGUUGAGUUUGUUCCUAAUCUAAGCAACGAACAAACUACAGCCAUUGAUUCCCCUGGAAUUGACCGGGAGAGCCAGCCUCUCCUUGGUCGACUAGAGCUUGACGUUACCUUUAAUCGUUUUCCUGAUGAUCCCCAAUUUUCCGAAUUAGUAUGGCAAGCUGAAUGUGCGAUAGAUAAUGGAAUCUUUCCUGAAAGGAUAUAUCAAGGUUCCAGUGGAAGUUAUUUUGUAAAAAAUCCUCAAGGGAAGAUAAUAGGUGUUUUUAAACCAAAAGAUGAAGAACCUUAUGGAAGGUUAAAUCCAAAGUGGACAAAAUGGAUGCACAAGCUGUGUUGUCCUUGUUGUUUUGGGCGAAGUUGUUUAAUUCCAAAUCAAGGAUAUCUCAGCGAAGCGGGUGCAAGCUUAGUUGACCGAAAAUUAGGUUUGGCUAUAGUUCCAAACACUAGAGUAGUCAAAUUGGUCAGUAAAACAUUUAACUACCCGCGAUUAGACCGUCAAAAAGCUCGUAUGAAGCAAGCCAUUAUGGACCAGUUCCCUACAGUGGGUUCCCAUUUUAAUCGCAUUGGUUUACCACCAAAAGUUGGUUCUUUUCAAGUGUUUGUAGACGGUUAUAAAGAUGCUGAUUACUGGUUAAGACGAUGGGAAAGCGAGCCGUUAUCACCGCGUCUCGCUAGGGAAUUUCAACUACAAUUCGAACGUUUAGUCAUUCUAGACUAUAUAAUAAGGAAUACAGACAGAGGUAACGAUAAUUGGUUAAUUAAGUACGAUAGCGGCGUAGGAAAAAAUCGACAGGAACAAGGCGAAGUAAAAAUUGCCGCUAUAGACAAUGGUUUGGCCUUUCCUUUCAAACAUCCUGACUCCUGGCGGGCCUAUCCUUAUCACUGGGCAUGGUUGAGUCAAGCGAAACAACCAUUUAGCGAAGUAACGCGAGAACUUGUAUUGCCACAGCUCUCAGAUCAGAAUUUUGUACAAGAUCUUUGUGACGACUUGUACCAAUUGUUUAAGCAAGACAAAGGCUUCGAUCGGCAUCACUUCGAUAAACAGAUGAGCGUCAUGCGUGGUCAGAUCUUAAAUUUACAACAGGCUUUAAAGGAUGCUAAAAGUCCUGUACAACUGGUUCAAAUGCCUGCUGUGAUCGUUGAAAAGGCCAAAGGAAAUGGAGCACCAAGAUUAUUUUCAUUUUCUGAUACGUUUACACAGCGCUUCCAGAAUAAAAGUCCCUUUUUCUCUUGGUGUUAAAAAAAUCGUCGAGUGCUUGCGGCAUUAGCCCUGUGCGUUGACUGAAAAGAACUAUUCGGUGCAUCACAAGUAUCAUCUUAUUAUUUGUUUUGUCUCUCUUUUAAUUUUACAUAUUACACAUCGCUACCUCUUUUUGAACAAGUGAGUUCUAAUCUACAGCCUCUAGAUAUAUCGACGGUUACAUUUAAUUUUUCUUAUAUCUAAAAUAUUUCCUUUCGAUUUGAAUAUAAAUAUCAAUCAUAGUAUAAUUAUACUGUAUACAGUAAAUAUAUGUAAUAUUAAACGAAUAUUUUUCGAUAUGCUUCGUGUGGAAAAGUGAGACAAGCGGCGAGUGAACGUAGAUAAUAGCGUUUUAUAAUUACACCUAUAACAAUAUCCCUUUAACGAAACGCGAGUAAUCACGAUAGUCGCAUUGUACGUUUUUUUAAGUCUUCCAACGUUUCGUGUUAAUUCAUGUUAAUGGAUAGAAGACAUCGAUAUACGCAUUUUCACUAGACGCUGUCGAAUCUCAGAAAGAAAAAGAAGUGGACUGUGAUCUAAUAGCGAAAAGACAUACUCUUAUUGUUUAAAAUAAACAUUUUACGUAAUCUACGUGACAUAUUUUUAAUCGAUGAGCAUAAAAAGGAAUAAAUUUUCUAUUAGAAUCUAAGAUACAAAAUUUUUGUUACAACUUUUUUCGUAAAUUUCAAUUAUCGAUGCAGUAUCGAUUUUUAUCAUUGAAGUUGUUUCUGUUUAAAUGCAUUGACUCAAGGCCAAUUUCGAAGCACGCGUGUCAUCAAAUUUUACGUUUUAUUCGAAUCGCAACAUGUAACAAAAGUUGACAUUUACGAUUUUAUUCUUUUAUAUCGUUGUAUUUUAUAUCGCAACACUUUUCAAUUUAGAUCGCGGAUCUAUAUCGUUUAUUUAGCUAGUAAUAGUUACAACUAUAAUAUUAACAACAUGGAAUUAGUGGAAACCUGUGCGAAAAUAAAACAACCUUUAUAUCGCAAACCAUUAGCGUGCCCAUGUAACGUUAAAGUAACGUUAAAUCUAUUUUUAGUCCGA